AAAAAAGAAGAAAAAACUUGAGACAAAAAAUUGUAAAAUAACUUAAGAUUUGGCUGUAUGGGCAUUGUUCCCUUUGCCUUCCCUGAAAAGAGAGAAUCUUAAAUAAAAAAAAACAUUAAAAAACAUUGAAGAAAUGUCAACAAUGGUAAAUAACCUCAAACUGUGUUUAUGUAAACAGUUUUUUAUUAAAAAAUACAGUCAUGCUAGGCUGUAUGCGACUCAAAAGUCUUAUAAAGUACUUUUUUUUGGAUCCGACUCGAUAGCAUUAAAAAGCUUGAUAAAGGUUAACGAAUUCAGAAAAUCAGAAAAUAUUAUAAAACGUUUGGACCUCGUAUCUUCAAACAACUCAAAGAACAGGUCAGAAAUCGAAAAAUAUGCACUGACCGAAAGAAUUGGUAUUCUCACAUGGCCACUAGAAAAUUUAUUUACUUCGGAAUAUGACAUUGGAAUAAUUGUCGCUUUUGGCCACUUAAUCAAAGAUGGUGUACUGAACAAAUUCCCUUUAGGCAUGGUUAAUGUACAUCCGAGUCUUCUUCCUCGUUGGCGGGGUGCAGCUCCAAUUAUCCAUACUCUUUUACAUGGAGACCAAGAAACAGGAGUGUCACUUAUGAGAAUCAAAGCCAAUGUAUUUGAUGUAGGUGAAAUUAUAAGUCAGAGAAAAGUUGCAGUUUCUAAAGAUAUUAAGUUACCAGAAUUAACUGAACAAUUAUCAGAUAUAGGAGCAAAUAUGUUGGUGGACUGCAUCAAAAUGUUACCUGACAGCUUAGCUAAAGCUCAACCUCAGAGCAAUGAUGGUGUUACAUAUGCAAGGAAAAUUAACAAAUCUAUAAGUGAUGUGAGAUGGACAGAUAUGAAUGCAGUGGAUGUUUACAAUCUUUAUAGAGCAAUCUAUGGAUUAUAUUCAUUAACAUCAAAAUAUAGAGAUAAAAGAGUAAAGUUAUUUGGAGCUUUUUUGUAUGACACAGAAGAAACCGAAAAAAAUAAUUUACCAGCUGGGACUUUAACAUAUUGCCACAGAACAAAUGCCAUCAAAGUACUAUGUAAAGACAAUAAAUAUAUUUAUUUUAAAUCAAUUAGAAUAGUAGGAAAAAGGGAAAUAUCAGCAUUAGACUUUUAUAAUGGUUAUAUUAAAAACACACUAUUAGAAAAAAGAUGUACUCUAGUCUGUUAA